UAAAUUUAUAUGUUUAUAUUUAUUUCUUAUGUUGACGUAUUUGUACGCAGUUAGUUCUCGUGAUGCCGUGGCUGACGUGAAAUGGACGGCAUUCAGAUGGAGCCCAUCGGCAAAUACAAAGCCGAUAGAAACGGCUCGGCGAAAGCCGCCGCUUGGCGAAACAUGGUUGAUCAGGAUUUGGACGACGUGGCUUUUCUUGCGGAUACGGACAAAGCGAGAGAAGCGAGGGAACUAGAGGCACCUGUAGCUGUUUGCUCGCAGCGUAAAGCGCUGUGUCUCACCGCAUUAGUCUUUACAGCUAUAUUUGCUACUGCAUUAAUAGUCGUAUACGCAAGUCCACAACCAGAUUGUCCCUGCGCUGGCGGCACUCCCCUUAUACCGGGACAACUUCCUACUGAACCGGAAACUAGUGUUGCAUCUGCUAAUAACGAGUAUAGAGAUAGAAUAGCAUCUAAUGGCGCGGUGUUUCCUUGGCGUGGAGUCCGACUUCCUACAUUUAUGAUACCAAAGCAUUACAGUCUCUGGCUACAUCCAAAUCUAACGACAGGAGAACUACGUGGUGAAGUCUCUAUAGACUUUAGAGUGGACCGCGACACUGGUUUCUUAGUCCUUAAUGUGAGAGAUAUGAAUGUAACAGAGAGGGCAUUGUUCAAAAGUGGAGGCUCGUUAGGACCAAAAAUAGUGAAGACUUUAGACUACCCGCCGGCUGAUCAAACAUAUAUUGAGUUCAAAGAAAAACUCCGACGCAAAUACAACUACACUUUAAGUCUUCGUUACAUCACAAAGUUAGGUAAAAGCGACAAACAGAGGGGUUUCUUUUUAACCGGAACACACAGACGACGAUGUGCGGUUUCUCGUUUUUGGCUGACGCACGCUCGUUCAGCUUUCCCUUGUUUAGAUGAACCUCAUUUGAGAGCGACAUUUAAACUCACAAUUGUUAGAGAUAGGUUUCACGUAUCUCUGACUAAUAUGCCGAUAGUUGCAACAGAAGAGGCCGGUUUUUAUUUAGGCCAUAGAUUGUUACAAGACGAAUUCUCUCUUUCCCCGCCGAUGCCACCACACAUGAUGUCAUUGGCGGUAUGCCGCCUGCAGCGACGAGCGGCUCCAAUCAAUGCCACCGAUGACACGGAGUCAGAUGUGCCAACUGAGAUCAGCCUGUACAGUGACCAGGAAACAGUUCUUGAUGAGUCUGGGCCUCUUCUGGAUUGGGUGCAAAGAACUAUCCAACUCUUCGCAUAUGAACUGAAUACUUCAUAUCCACUGCCUAAGUUCGAUAUAGUCGUGGUCGAUGGAAGCAACCCCUAUUCUGAGGGAUGGGGUUUAAUUAUUCUAGAUCCAAUCACGCUCACUGACACUAAAGUUAUUGCUAAGUUAAUAGCACAACAAUGGUUCGGCGGGCUUGUGUCCCCUCGCUGGUGGAGUUCUCAGUGGCUGAUGGAGGCGCUGACGUCAGUGCUGAGCGAGAAAGCAACACCGCUGAGUGACGCGACCGCUGAGAGGGAAGAGGACGCACUGCUUUUAGAUCAUGUGUUACCUGCGCUUAGAUUGGAUUCGAGCUAUUCAGUACGUGCGGUCGCGACUCCGAGAUUAGAGCGAGCCGAUAUUGAAUCGACGGCUGAAGAAUUAUCACUACACAAGGGUGCAGCGAUAGUGAGUAUGGCGAUAGAGGCGGCGGGCGAGGCGGCGGGCCGCGCGGCGCUCGCCAGCCUGCUCACUGAACAUCGCUUCUCCAGCACUGACGCUAGGGACCUCUGGCGAGCGUUACAAAGGAAUGGUACAGAAGACACUCCGGCGCACGCGUGGGACGGCUGGUGUGACAAAGCUGGAUAUCCUUUAUUAUCCACGAGGAUAUCAGGACCUGAUGUUAUUAUAAGACAAGAACGGUAA